AGCAGCAUGACUGGUCUAGCAUUACAUUUUUGUUGCCAACAGUUUAUUGUCGCAUUAAAAACUAUAAAGCAUGCAGAGGCAGGGGUCUUUCUCCCCAUUUCGAAAAAAAAACUAUAAAGCAUAACUUCAAGCACUGAAUGGUACUGAUUACAUAUUCAUACUGAAACAUGUGUUAGUUUUACUAUCAGACUUGUAAUAAUAUGGCUUUGAUUCAUAACUGCAGUUUACGUCAUGGAGGGCAUGGAGGACAAUGAAGAGCACGAUAUGGUGGUUAAUGAAACUUUUAGUAGCGAGGAAGAAGGUUACAAGUACUACAAUGCAUAUGCUAAGUCCAAGGGGUUUGGUGUUAGAAAAGAAGAGCUGACUAAGAAGCCAGGCACGAACAUAGCUUUCCGGCGUCUUUAUGUGUGCUCCAAAGAAGGAUAUCGGGCAAGGAAGCACUUUGAAAAAACUAAACGAAAACGAACACCUCGGCCACUUUCGCGUUGUGGAUGCGGUGCUCGGAUGGAGAUCGAGAUGUCUAUGGAAAGUGGAGAAUGGUUUGUAAAAGAUUUCGUGGUUGAACAUAACCAUCCACUCGCCAUUGGUGAUCAGACAACUUUCAUAAGGUCUCAUCGUGGGUUGAAUGACGCUCAAAAGGCUGAUGCCAUUGAGUAUGGGAUUGGUGGCCUUCGAACACACGAGAUUAUGGAAGUAAUGGAGAAGCAGCAUGGUGGCCCCGAGAAGACAAGAGAAAGAUCCAGAAUUCUUUUACAAGCACAUCACUGAUAGUGAAGGGCACCUGGAAAACAUAUUUUGGGCAGACGCACAGUGUCGGAUGGAUUACGAUGCCUUUGGUGGUGUCGUGGUCUUUGAUAGCACAUACCGUGUGAACAAAUACAAUCUUCCGUUUGUCCCCUUCAUUGGUGUGAACCACCAUCGUAGCACGACUGUGUUUGGAUUUGGUAUUGUGUCAGAUGAGAAAACGAAAU